GUUAAAAAAAUCAGUAAAUCCUAAUUUAUGCCUGACUAUUGAAUGGAUAAAUAUUUUGCUCAUGCAGGUAUCAUUACUGAAGCAACAAUUGCAUAGCAAUGAGAUAAACAUUGAAAUACCGAAUCCAAAUGUUCAAAUUCAGUCACAAGUUCAGAGUCCUGUGAAAAAUCAGAAUACGGAAAAUACUUUGCAGUCAGCAGUUGGUAAUGAGAAUGCUGAUAAAACAAUAGAAACUCUAACUCAGCGAGUAAAACAUCAAGAAAACUUGCUUCAUCAGUGUAAAGAAAGAGUUAAAUCUCAGAAGGAGUGCUUAACACAGCUGACCAGUGAUAAAGAAGCACUGCAGGAACAACUAUGCGAGAGGCUUCUGGAGCUAGAGAAAAUAAAGGAUUGUCAUAUGGUUGAAAAGACCAAACUCAUUACUCAGCUACGUGAAAACAAAAACUUGAUAGAACAAUUAGAGCAAGAUAAAGUAAGCAAUGUACAUUUUUGAAAUGCCAUGAUUUCUUAGUGAUGCCAAUUCUAGCAAUAAAAAUGAAAA